UAAUAGUUAUUAUGUUUUGAUAGGGUAUGAUAUGAUAUCCGUCUUAAAAUUAAAUACGAAGAAAACGAAUGCACAUUAAUUGUAAUAUAAUAACAUUUUUUCUUUGUAAUUUCACGGUGUAAUCAAGGGAAUUUUCAUCACAAAAGCGCUGACGCGCUGCCGUGUGCACUUUGCAUACUGGAGUCGGUAAGUAGUCGUACUACUGGCACGAACCGGAGCCGGGCUCGGACCAGUUGUCGAUCUACUCCUAUAUAUAACUGGACGCGCACCCACCAGCGAACGCGGUGUGUUCCCCUCCUCCCAUUCGAUCGCCAGCUCCCUCAAUGGCGGCCGUGCAGCGCCGCCAGCCCCUCCCGCCCGCAUCGCAUAAGCUGCGACGUGGUGAACCUGCGUGUUCCGGCACCGCUCCCCCGCCGGUCUGCCGCUACUGGAAGUCCGGCCACUGCGUCCGGAAACCCUGCCGGUUCCUCCACGCCGAUCCGGCGCAGGCGCCGCCGCCGUCGGUUGUCGUCGCCAAGAAGCGCAGCAACACCUGGGUCAACACUUCCUCCAAAAUCGCCAAGCCCAGCGCCGCAACAGAUGGAGGAGAGGCCGCGGUUCCUCCGGUGCCGCCGACGACGACCAAACCCAGCCCCGCAACCAAUGUCGUCGGGGCUGCGGUUCCUCCGGUGCCACCGACGAAGCCGGAUCAGCCGCCCGUGCGCGUCCAGGAACAACCGGUCGGCGGCGUGUGGUGCGUCGGGGACGGCAUCCGCGGCGUCGCGCGGCUCGAGGGCCACUCCAAGGCGGUCACCGGCGUCGCGGUGCCCGAAGGGUCCGGCAAGCUCUUCUCCGGCAGCCUGGACGGCACGGUGCGCGCCUGGGACUGCGCUACCGGGCAGUGCGUCCGCGUCGCGCCGGUGCAGGAAGGGGAGGUGGGCCGCCUGAUCGCCAUGGGCCCGUGGGUGCUCCUCGGCGUCCGCGGCGCCGUCAGGGCGCUCCACGCGGGGAGCGGCAAUGAGCUGAGGCUGAGGCUGCCCGCCGCCGCCGCGCAGGUCACCGCUCUCCUGGCAGAGGACGACGAGCGCCUAUUCGCUGGCGCGGAGGACGGCGCCAUCUACAUGUGGAGGCUGGACCGAGAACGCCAGCGCUUCGACGAGGUCGCCGCGCUCGCAGGCCACGGCGGGCACGCCGUCGCGUCGCUGGCCCAGGGGAAGGGCGCGCUCUACUCCGGCGCGGCGGACGGCGGCAUCAGGGUCUGGGACCUCGAGACACGCCGGUGCGUCUGCAGCUUUGCCGGCCACGCGUCCAUAGUCACCGCGCUGCUGUGCUGGGACCGGUUCCUGCUCUCCUCAUCCGUCGACGGCACCGUGAAGGCCUGGAGGUCCAAGCCGGACCAUGGUGACGUCGAUCCCGAGCUGGAGGUGCACUACACCCACAGAGAAGAAGGCGAGCGAGUGGUCGCCAUGGACGGGACGCACGACGCCGGCAAGAAGCCCGUCCUGCUGGUCUCGCGCGGCGACGGCGUCGUCCGUGUGUACGACCUCCCGUCGUUCAAGCCCAGAGGACAGAUUCGCUGCAACGGCGAGGUCACGGCAAUGUCGCUCAGGACCCCCGGCGUAGCCUUCACCGGGGACGCGUCCGGCGAGGUCAGAGUUGUGAAGUGGACGCCGGCAGCUGCAUCCUGAAUUUUUUGUUAUGUGUUCUGCAAUAGACCACUGGCAGUUUCAAUUGUAGGCCAGUGAGUUUGUAAUACAGAGCAAUCAGUAGGAUACUAGUGCAAUGUAAAGAUACCAGUGGCAAUGCUUAUAGUAUUAUACAGUAUGGAUCAGAGAUAUUUAGAAUCUGAAGAACUGCCGUCACUUCA